AUGGAGGACUCGCCUUUGUGUGUCUGCCGCCAUGUGAGCCUGCCCAACUGCUUUCUAUCCUUCUACUGCGAGCACGCGCGGAACGCGCACACAUUGGAGAAGACAGGCAUGGUUUCCUACUACUGGCAGGGGGCUCUCGCUAGUGCUUGCUGCCUGCCCUGUACCAUCCUCUACUUCUACAGCGCCGUGCGCACGGCGCUCGGCGGCGGGCGCGCGGAUCCCGUAGCCAGCUGUUGCUAUGCUUUCUUCUGCCCCUGGUGCGUCCUGGCGCAGCAGGCCGAGGCGCUGGAUGCUGCCACCGGGCAGGAGCUUCAGGCAUUCCUCCAAGUUUCACGUAUGCGCAGACCCAAAGCAGGAUGUGGCACGGACGAGGAGCAGGAGGAGCUUCUCCGAAAACCCGAGGGCGAGAUGAUGUGA